AAUCAUAAUACAAACAACCAGACAUAAUUUUAUAGGUUAUAAAAUUUAUUUAGACUAGAAUUACGUCAUUCAAGGUGAAGUUCAAAUCAAAUAAUCAUUUUAAAAAAAAAUUACCUUUAAAUUAUUUACAUAAUUUUAAAAUUUUAUUACAAUGCUUCGAACAUUAACGGAAAAACUAUUUGGGGGCAUAGUUACGAGAUCUACGAUUAAUACAAUGGCUAUUAACCAUGAAGUGGAUAUUCCUUAUAAAAAGGCUACAUUUGGUAUGGGAUGUUUCUGGAGUGGUGAUUGCGUGUUUGGUGUAGUUCCAGGAGUAUUGCGAACAAGAGUUGGAUAUUCUGGCGGAACUAAACCUAAUGCGAAUUAUAAUAACAUUGGAGAUCAUACAGAAGUAAUUGAAGUUGAUUUUAACCCAGAUGCAGUGAGCUAUAAACAAUUAUUACACACCUUUUUUAUAAAUCAUGAAUAUGGUUUAACAAAAAAAUUUAAAAGACAGUAUAUAUCUUUAAUAUUAUACCAUGAUGAAGAGCAGAAAAAAUUGGCUGAAGAACAAAAAACAGCUGAAGAAAAAAAACGUAAUAUACAAAUUGUUACUGAAAUCCGACCAGCUGGUAUAUUUUACCCGGCAGAAGAUUACCACCAAAAAUUUAAACUCCAACGUCAUAAGUAUCUAGUAAAUGCACUUGGAUUAAGAAGAAAUUUGCUGCAAACAUCACAUGUUGCCGCGAGAUUAAAUGGUUAUGUGGUUGGAUUAGGUGGUCUAGAACAAUUUGAAUCAGAAGUUGAAAGCUUUGGUAUAGAUCAAGGCACUGCUGAUUAUGUCCGAAAAUUAAUUAUAGAAAAUAAGGGUGGCAGUUUAUCAUGUUGAUGAUAAUCAAAAAAAAAUUAUAGUUGCAAAUUUUAUUUGUUAAAUUUUAUUGUACGCCAUUACAUGCUAGCAAAAUAACAAUUGUUUUUAGCUAUCUCACGGAAAUGUUAAUUUUGAAUCCUCAAAGGAAUGGAUACAACUGCAUGUUAUUUUAUUCUUUAGCAGUUAUAUUUUUAAACAAAGCAA